CUACAUGACGUCUCAAACAUCAAAACAUGAAAUGUCAAAUUUAACACAAAAACAAAAACGGAAAGAUGUCAAACUGCACAUUGUGCAAUUUGUAUGUAAAAGUGUUUAUAUUUUGUAUACUUAAUUGUUAAAGAUAUUUUUCUAUAAUGGAUUCAGAGCCUGUAGUAAUAGAGGAUGACGAUGGCGACGCCGGUGCUGUAGUGAUAGUCGAUGAUGAUGUGAUUAUAACUGAACAAAAACCUGAUUCCACUAUUGUAAUAGAUGAUGAACCACAUAUGCAAAUAAAUGAAGCAGGUACUAAUAAUGCAGGGGAUAAAACUAAAAAAGUAUCAGAAAAGGAAAGCACAGAUGAAAGUUCAUUCAGAAUCAAUCUUCGUAAUAACAAUCUCAUGGACAAUAUAAUUAACACCUGUUUGAAUAUGCAAAAUGGUGCUGGCAUGUCAAGAGUGAUUCAUAAAACACUGAUACCUUUAUACAGAGACUCAAAUCCAGAAUUAAAAAAGUCCAAAGCACUAACAAACCUCCUAAAGAGAGUGCAUAAAAUGUUGUUGAGGGACCCCAACCACAAAUUCUUACAUAUAAAGACUUUGUGCGAAGAGCUAAAGUCUGGGAGAGUGAGAAAAAAGGUUCCUUUCGUUACAUUAUCUACUGAUUUGAGGGAUAAUAAAACUCAGUUUAACUUGUCAGACUCACAGACUGACAUGAAGAGUAAAACCUGUGAUGAACCAAAUAAAUCAAAUAAUGUAACUGUGGUAGAAGUUGAAGAUCAAGAGGAAGUACAAGAAAAUAUCAAAGCAAAAAAGAGAAAACCAAAUAACAAAAUAAGAAAAACGAAGCCUAAACGACAAAGAAUUAUGGCACAGAGUAAAAAAUCAUGUAAUACAGAUAGCAAAAAUGUUGAUGUUAUAGAAUUAGUUGACUCUGAUAAUGAAUGUGGAAACUUAAGUAGCUCAGAGGCAACUACGUCUACACAAAGUGAUAAUUCUGUAACAAUAUCACCUAAUAGUUCAACAGGAGAAGAAUCAAAUAAAGAAAACAAUGAAAGUAAGAAAGAAAUAGAAAAUAAUGACAACAAGCCAGAUAACAAACCAAAGGCAAAAAAUAUUGAAAGUAAGAAAGAAAUAGAAAAUAAUGACAACAAACCUAAUGCAAAAAAUAUUGAAAGUAAGAAAGAAAUAGAAAAUAAUGACAACAAGCCAGAUAACAAACCUAAUGCAAAAAAUAUUGAAAGUAAAUUAGGACCAGAAAUCAAUGACGUACAAAACAAAAUGAAUACAAUUGUUUUCAUUCCGUUUUAUAGUAUUCCAAUGAUUAACACUCCACCAAUUCCCAGUUUUACAAUGCAGAAUCAAAAUAUGCCCAUUAAUAAUUGUGUUCCAAUGAUUGACAAACCAGUCCCCAAAAAAUACGAAAUCUCUAAAACGAUAGCAGUUAUUGAAUACAAUGCAUCACAAAAUAAUAAUAAUAACAAUCUAAGUUCAGACGAUGUUGAUGUUGAGGUUUUGAUACCACAAACACAUAUUGAAAAUCAGGGUAAAGAAUCAGAUGACACUAAUAAAGCCAGUAAUAUUAUAGAAACAAACAAGAAUAACAAACCUGCACGGAAGCAGACUAUAGAGAGUACAAAAAAAGAAAAGUUUCAAGACAUAUUUUCCAAAAGUCUUAAGGAAAUUGGAAUAACUGUAGAUUCAAAUCUAAUGGAAAAACCAUUAAUGCAAAACUGCUUAAGUCCCAAAAAUCAAAUAGAAAAUAGAAAUGUGGAAGACUAUGCGGUUCCUAAAAACCAAAUAGAAAAAAGAACCGUGGAAGACUAUUCAGUUCCCAAAAACCAAAAUCAAAAUGCUAUAGUCCAAGGCCAUAUGGUACCCAAAAUACUAAUUGAAAAUGGAAAAGUGCAAAACAAUAUGUUUUAUAAAAACCAAAUGGAAAAUGAAAUAGAUCAGGACCUUCUGGUUCCUAAAAACCAUAAGGAAAUUAGUAUACAAGAUGUUGAGCCUUAUGACUGUAAUCAAUCUGAAUUAAUAGCUUAUCAUGAACGUUGUAUUGUGUCGUGUAAAGAAGCGCUAGCAAAGUUAGAAGAGCAAGAAGUGACGACCGAUGACCCAAAAUACUCUCCAUACAUCCAAUGUGCCAAGCUUAAAGAGAGCAUUGUCGAGUCCUAUAGAACAAUAUGUGCAAUCAAAGGUAAUGCUGCGGUUGUUGUAAAAAAAUGCGAAAUCAAGCUGAAUGUGGCCCAAGGUCAUCAUCCGGGACCGGCAAAAGCACUGCAAAAGUUUCUAAACAGCACUCUCGGCAAGGACGGGUCGAUAACGUUCCCGGAUUUUGAAGAUGUCCUACAAUGCGUGUUUACGUCAAAUACAGAAGACCAACUUGGAUGGAGCAGUAGCCAAGUCUUUAAAGAAGCCAGAGCAUUGUUCGUCCAAUGCGGGCAAGCCUUGCGUAAGCGUCGCCAGAAGCGAGAAUAUCAGGAUCUCAUGAGCCUAAUGCGAGACAAGAAUUUAGAAGAUGACGACCCGGCUGAGAAAGACCCUCUACUAUUCGCUAAGUUGGAACAGAAUAAAAAAAUAGCCAAGCAUAAUGAAACUGAAAUACUAAACAGAUAUGCAGCAAUGGAAUCUCAAAGAUAUCACAGCCACGGAGGAAAUAGUACAGUAGAAUUCCUAUGUAAUGAAGAAUCAAGCGGAAGUAGUGCAGAUGAAGACGUAACCUCUCCUCAUCGAACCGAAACAAGUAAACAAGAUACUCCUAGCACCAGCACUAGUACUGGGGAUAAAAUUGACAUGAAUUGCAAAAAACCUAGUCUAGACACUAUUUUAAUAGAAGAACCUGAUAAUGACAGUGCCUUAAUGAAUCCUUCGCAAUGUAGUUCAGUAAACAGGAAUAUUACCCAACCAAUUACGGAGGAUAACAUCGAAUCUUCAAAAUCAACUAAUGUUGAUAGCUUAGCUUCAAACGAAACAGAUAAGACAGUAAUGAGUAAGGAUAAUAAUAAUUGUGAAAAAGAUAAUUUAAGUCAAGAAAAUGUUUGUGUAAAUAAUAUCAAGGAAGAGAAAGAAACUAUAAAAAUAAACUUCAGUGAACCAAUAGAUAGUAUAAGUUUUAUGCCAAAUUGUAGUCAUUCUAGUACUAAUACUGAAAGUAUAGAAACUAAUUUUAAAACGCAAACUACUACUAUUAAGCCAGAGCGGUUAGAUGUUCAAGCGAUGUUAAACGAGCGAGGUGGAAACUUUGAAUGUACAGUAUUUGAUAUUGAAGACCCUUUCCUAGUUAUAGAAAUUUCUUCGGACGAUUAUUCCGAUGACGACUUAUAAUUAAAGUGUUCG